UACUACUACUACUACUACUACUACUACUACUACUACUACUACUACUACUACUACUACUACUACUACUACUACUACUCGGCACCCAAGAUGUACCGCAAAAGCGAUGGCCGCACCGGCUUCUCCGCCAUGCGCAUGGUCACCAACAUGUUCCCCAACUUCGCGCGCGACGACGUCAACGACGUCGAAUUGACUCCCGAUCAACUGGACGGCAUCUUCGCCUACCAAAUGGGCGAGCCCAACCCGAUGGUGCUCGGUGAUUUGGCAUUCUGGCAUGCCCGUAUCUGCGAAAACCAAUACACCUCGAAACAAGUCCACCGAGACCUGCGCCGCAACAACUGCAUCGCCAAAGCCACGGGCCUCGUCGACACCACGGCCAUCACCAAACACUUCGCCAACCAAGUCGCGCACAUCAGCGUGCACGCGCAGCGCAAGCUCAUCACCCUCCUGUUCUUCUGGGAGGAGGAGCAGAACCGGUGGCGGCUGAUGGAUGAGGAGGAGGCGGAGAUUGAGCGGCAGAUGGAGGCCGCGAGGGAGGCGGGGGAUGAGGCGAUGGUGGGGGCGUUGGAGGGGGCGAGGAGGGUGUUGGAGGGGAAUCGGCGGUUGAAGCCGAGUGAGCGGACGGAGAGUGGGGGGAGGGUGGGGGAGGCGGGGGGUGGAGGCGGGGAGGAGGAGUUGCCUGCUUAUUCCAAGUGA